AUGGAAGGAGAAAAUUCAAAGGAAGAGAAUGCGAAGCAAGAGUCGACACCAAAAGAAAUUCGAUACCGAGGAGUUAGACGUCGUCCAUGGGGAAAGUAUGCGGCCGAGAUUCGUGAUCCAGCUCGUCGUGGUGCACGUGUGUGGCUAGGCACAUUUCUGACGGCGGAGGAAGCAGCGAGAGCUUAUGAUCGCGCCGCGUUUGAAAUGAGAGGCAAUUUAGCCAUUCUCAAUUUUCCACAUGAGUAUCCUUCUAUGAAUUCUUCAGCAUUUAAUUUACCUUCAUCUUCUUCCACUCAAUUAAGUUAUCGCUCUGAGCAUGGAAAAGAAGUUAUUGAGUUUGAGUGUUUGGAUGAUAAAUUGUUGGAGGAUCUUCUUGAUUGUGAUGAGAAGUGA